AUGCGAGGUUUCAACUCAAGCACCGUGGUGACCCACUUUGUCCUGGUGGGCUUCUCCAGCCUUGGGGAGCUGCAGCUGCUGCUCUUUGUCCUCUUCCUGCUCCUGUACUUGACCAUCCUGGUGGCCAAUGUGACCAUCAUGGCCGUCAUCCGCGUCAGCCGGACUCUACACUCUCCCAUGUACGGUUUCCUCUUCAUCCUUUCAUUUUCUGAAUCCUGCUACACUUUGGUCAUCAUCCCUCAGCUGCUGGCCCACCUGCUCUCAGCCACCAAGACCAUCUCCUUUGUGGCCUGUGCCACCCAGCUCUUCUUCUUCCUUGGCUUUGCCUGUACCAAUUGCUUUCUCAUCGCCGUGAUGGGAUACGAUCGCUACGUGGCAAUCUGUCACCCCCUGAGGUACUUGCUCAUCAUGAACAGAAGGCUAGGGCUGGGGUUGGUUUCUCUCUCAGGAGUCACUGGCUUUUUUAUUGCUUUGGUGGCCACGAACCUCAUUUGUGACAUGCCUUUUUGUGGUCCCAACAGGGUCAACCACUAUUUCUGUGACAUGGCACCCGUGAUCAAAUUAGCCUGCACUGACACCCAGGUCAAAGAGCUGGCGCUCUUCAGCCUCAGCAUCCUGGUGAUCAUGGUGCCUUUCCUGUUAAUUCUCAUAUCCUAUGGGUUCAUAGUUAACACCAUCCUCAAAAUUCCCUCUGCUGAGGGCAAGAGAAAGGCCUUUGCCACCUGUGUGUCCCACCUCACGGUGGUCUUUGUCCACUAUGGCUGUGCUUCCAUCAUCUACCUCCGGCCCAAGUCCAAGUCAGCCUCAGACAAGGAUCAGCUAGUGGCCGUGAGCUACACCGUGGUGACGCCCUUGCUUAAUCCUCUUGUCUACAGUCUGAGGAACCAGGAGGUAAAGAGUGCCCUGAGAAGAGUUAUGACAAUGCCUAAGGCUACCAAGAUGAGCUAA